CAUUGUGCACGAUAUGGCGAACGAAAUGGUUGUAUUGUUCGGCAAUUGUCGAUUUUGUUUAAGUGACCACGAUCUCAUUCCUUUAGUAAAAGCUUGGAAUAACGAGUCAUCAAUCCAAGAUGUAGUCUAUUACACUGGUAUUGAGAUAUCGAAACACGGUAUUGGCAAAAAGUACGAGUGUCAGAUUUGUUCGAAAACCUACUAUCGGUCCUCUCACUAUACUCAACAUUACAGAAGCGUGCACGGUAACGAAGAGUUUCCAUGUACGAAGUGCUCCCUGGUUUUUAAAUCAAAAGAUAAUCUACGAGAUCAUCAAUCGGUACAUUCAGACGAGAAACCUUAUGGAUGCAGCUUGUGUCCAAAACGUUUCAAAAAACGGGAAGCUAGAAAAAACCAUGAACUUACACACAGCGGCAUACGAUUUUCAUGCAGCCUUUGUGAAAAAUCGUAUCGGUACAAAACCUUACUUACUAUGCACUACAGAAAACAUCAUGAAGGUACACCACCCGCAGAAAAUAACUAAGAUGAUAGCGACACAUAAAAUUAUUAGAAAAAAUAAUAAAAUAAAA